AUGUCGAACAAAAAGAGCAUUAAAUAAAAGGAAAACAUUUCCAUUGAUAGUAGAUUGAACAUUUUGGAAUCCAAUCUAAAUCGAGUUUGCAUGCAACAAGAUGCUUUGAUGCCCAUCGUCAAUGAGAUUCCUCAUGUUUAAAAGUUGGAAUAAUAAAUUAAAACACUCCUAAAAAAACAAGAAGAAUUAGAAAGGAUCAGGGAUAAGUCAAGAGAAACUUCAACCAACACCAGUUUCAGUGAUUUCAAAACUAAUAACCAAAAUAAGCCAUUCGAAAAACAGUUGAAUGAUUUAACAUUGAAAAUGAACUACCUGGACAACCAAUUGCAGGAAUUGCAGAAAAAGAGUCAAGGGAGAGUCGAAUAGCAAUUCAAAAUGUUCUCGGACACCCAAGACAUUUAGAGAUUAGAAUAAUUUAUUACUGAAGAAUUAAAUAAUUUUAGAAGUGAGGUUCAAUUGGAAUACAAAAAUAUAUACAAAGAACUAAAUGGUUUGAGAUGUGAUCUAGAAUAUAUCAUGAACAAUACCAAGAAGAAUAAGGUCACUCAAAAGAUCUAGUCCAUGAAUGUCAGUCCAGAUGAUAAACUCUUCGUCAUUAAUCUAUUGGAAUAGGAGACCAUCAUUGAGGAAUUGGAUCAUUACGAGAAUGAGAAUACUUUCAGACUAUUAUAUGAAUUGGAUUAUUUCGAGUAGUAAAGGGAAUCCAUAUCGAAUUUGGAACCACAAUAAACUCAAAGAGAAAGCCUCUAUUUGGAAGAAAAAUUAAUCUCUCUAAAGUAUUAAUUGGCUGCUUCCAAAAGAAAGUAUUUGUUUGAGAUUAAGAAAAUUGAGCAUAAGUUUUAAGUCAUUAACGAAAUUAUUGAAUAGAAUUAGAAAUAUCUCAACUAUUAAUAACAAAUUAACAUUUUAACUUAGAGAAUGAGUAAGAUAGUAACAAGAGUCCAUUAAAAUAUAGAAUGUAUAUUCUAAAAGAUUAGUUCCUUAGAUAAGAGAUGAUAAUAGUUAAUAUAUAAUAGAAUAUCAAAUUUCCAAGUUCAUUUA